AUGACAACAUCACUGACAAUACGAUACGAUGGCCAUGUCGUGUGCCAUUUGACGGAGGAGAGGAUACAAAGUGUUGUGGCUCGGAGUUCCUACUUGCAAUCCUUGACUUCACGAUGGGACCAUGGCAUCAAGGAGGAAGCCAUUCAUGAGAUACCUCUCGUCGAUCACGUAGACAGCAGAGUCGCAGUCGAAACCGUACUGAUGGCUCUAGAUGAAAACAAACUAACCAAACAGAUGCUAGAAGAGGAGGAAGAAGAACGCACAUUCUGGCAAGUUGUGAAACAUCAAGAACAAGUCAUCAUUAUGAUGUUUUAUCUUGGCUGUGAAGACUUUUUCGUCCCACGAUACGGCGCGAUAGCUCACACGAGAUACAGAGAACAAAUACCACAUGCACUCCUCCAAGAUGGGCAUUCACUAGAGGCUCAGGCACUGAUCAGUGCAAACGGAUUCUUUGACAACUUUUCCAAACCACAAAUCCCCCUACUACAAGAGUUUUGCUUCAGUCUGGAAUCGGCCAUGAACUUGCUUCGAGCAUACAUCCACGCAAAAGAUUCAGUUUGCUUCCUUGGUAUCCGCAUUGGCGAAUUUUUUGACAACAUUUUGGUACCCAACAAGAAUAAGCCUCUCAAGGUGGAUGCCUUUGGCAUGUUUGUGUUGAAAACCUUUCUUCUUCAUGACGACUGGCAAUCGAGGGAUCUUCGAGAUUUGUUUUCGGUUCUACCAAACAGCCCCAAAGGAUACGAUAGACCAUUGCAACUCGAGGUCUUUGUGUCCAAAGCCAUUUCGCGUCAGAUGCGCAUUCCACCUUUGUUGCGCCAAUGGGAUCUGGAUGAGUCGCUGAUCGCUCCUGCGUUGUUCGAUGCAAACCGGCUCCACGAGGCCACCGACUAUCCACGCCCAGAGCGCCUCCUUCGAACCAUUGUGGAUUCCUGGACUCCUGUUGAGUGUGCGCAUGCCUUGGUGCAGAACCGAGGCAGAAUAGUGAGUCUAUUGGAGCGAGGAUUGUCGGAUCAGAGCUCCCAAUGGCUGGCAAACAUUCCACAGUUUCAAGAAGGACUGGUCCUGCUGGAUGAUGGCCACCCAGUGAAACUGUUAUUGGCCCGCCGCAUGUUUCUUCAUGUUGGAUUUGAUCCACGGCUUCCACCGUCAUUGCUUGUCGCAAUGUUGGACAACGGCAGCAACGCUCCGGACACACUCUUCCGAGAUAAGGUGCUUCUUCAUGCAGCAAUCCACCUGGAACGCGACACGGACGGUACCGCCGUGGCCGCCAUCACCAGUUUAAACUUUCCCUGGUCGCUGGCCAACACCGAAGUGACCCAACGAGUUGCAUCGGCGCUGAAGGUCCACCAAGACACUCCAAUUUGGGGACGGUUGAACAUUGGCGAGCUUUCUGGGCAAUAUCUGGACUACGUCCCCACGCGUAUUCUUGCUCGACUUGCCUAUGAAGAAGCAAGACAAGCAAACAGAGAAGCACAACAAGCAAAUAAAGAGGCAAAGCGUGCAAACACCAAGAGCCAGCGUAAUGCGUCUGAAAUAGAGGGCUUGAACAAACGAAUUCGUGCAUUGGAACGAAGAGACCCGAAAAAUAACUAA